GUUUCUUCGUCUAACAGUGUUUUGUUUAACAAACAGAGUAACAAAACUAUCUCGUGGUUAAUAAUUUCGACUUAAAAUACAAACUAUAAAAGUUUAUAAAAAUGUCCAGCUCAGAAUCGGAAGACGAAAAUCUAAAGCAACUUCUGGAAGCGGCUGAUACAAGUCUGUUUAACGAUGCAAUGUUUCGCGAGCCACGUGUGGAAAAUUCUGUUAAACCGGAUUGCGCCGAUAAAAAUAACGUCAUGAUUCGAAUUCCCGGACGCUUUGAAACCCGGACACCAGUCGAGCUUCCCGCAUCUAACAGGUAUCUGAACGAGGAAGAAAGCGUUUUCCAGAGCAACCUAAACGUUACUGAAUCAAUGAAGAAAUUUAUCGGCAAAAAACUCUCCACUCUGAUUGCGAACAGUAUUGCGUUUGUCGAAAUUAAACCGGUUAAACGUGAACCACGCACCUCGGAAUCCAGCGGCGUCAGACUGUUACGAGGCUUUGGGGAGAGAUUGGAAAUUUCGUGUGAAGGUGGAAAUGUACCAGUAGCUAUCGGGCAAGGGAAACCAAUUAAGAGAAGAAUAGUUGAAGAUGAUUUUGCUGUUUCGAAAAAUGAGAUGAUUGAGCAAGCAGCUUAUGAUGCAGAUACCUUGAGUAAAUCCACAGUUGGGUGGACAGAUAGACCGAAAUCCAAACUGUACGAGUACCGACAAGCUGGCAAAUCUGAAGUUUUUACUCUUUCAAUGACUGAUGAAUUUAGCACGGCAAGGAGAAAAAACAAUUGGGACGAUGCAAAGAUUAAAACUUUUCGUAGAAAUCGUUAAUUUUGUUGCAAUAUACUUUUAAUUACGUUUUUAUUCGAUUAAUAAAUUUUCGGAUUGAGAACUGCGUCGUCCAACA